AUGACAGAUGAACAAAUAAGCACCACUUGCAUGUUGGAAUUUCUUUGGUUGAAUCGACAAAUAUGUGACAAGGUGUCUAAACAAACAUUUGAAUGGCUUGAAUCACUUGUUGAAAAAACACAUCAGCGAUCAAGAUUGCCACCAGUAAAUGCAAGAGAUCAGUCGAUGACCAAAUCGGAACCCCACACGACAAUGAUGUUACAAACACAAACUUCAACAAUGACAACACUUUCAGGAGCUUUUUCGACAAUGUCCACCAAGGGACAACUAGAAACAUCAAACACAACAUCAACGACCACCUCUCAACAACCAUUUUCGUCACAAUCAGGAACUUCAGGGUCUCAACUACGUCAGCGUAAAGAGUAUAGAAUGCUUACUGAUCAGGAAAGGGAGGAUUAUCAUAAAGCCAUUAACGACUUAAAAAGAGAUACUAGCGUACCGCCAAAUAAAUAUGAUGCACUGGCUGAGCAUCACCAACAAACAUCAACGACGGCUCAUGGUGGUGCAGCUUUUGUCGGUUGGCACAGAUAUUACCUAUUACUGUAUGAACUCGCUUUGCAAGAAAAAAAUCCAAAUAUCAUGCUACCAUAUUGGGAUUCCACUUUAGAUAGUGCGAUGGAUACUCCGACUGAUACUGUUAUUUUUACCGAUAAGUUUCUUGGAAAUGCAUAUGACACUGUAACUUCAGGACCAUUUGGAGACUGGGAACGAAAAAUAGAACGAUCCCUUCACACUGAUACAUCGUAUCUAAUUACAAAAAAUGAAUUGAAUUUGUUAAUCAAUUUCAGUAUUGACCAGCGAGAAUUCGUGAGUACUUUAGAAAUGCACCAUAACGGUCCACAUAAUUGGAUAGGUGGUACUAUGAGCAAUGUAGCCCGAGCUCCUUUUGAUCCUAUUUUUUACAUGCAUCACGCCUUCAUUGAUUGUAUAUGGGAGCGUUAUAGAGAUCGUGAAAAACAAAAUGGUCAAAAUCCUGAAAUCUACCCAAGUGUAAGUUCCAACAAUCUAGAGCACCAAUCAACUAACUUUAUGGUAAAUUUGCCUCCUUUCAAUAAUGUAAGGCUCACGAAUGCAGAUGGAUAUAAAAACUUCUGGACAGAGGAUUAUUACUCUUGUGCACCUCAACCAUCGUGUAGUGCACAAAAUCCAGAAUGCGGAUCAAAUUGGCUUGAAUGUGAUAUAUUUACAGAAAGAUGUGUUUCUAAAGGAUCUGAAGCUGCCUUGCCGCGCGUUACUUCUUCCGAUGUUUUCCUAGUAAAGAAUACAAGAGAUGAAACAACUUCAACCACUCAAGCUUUCCCUGUUCUAUCAACCACUCAAGCUAAUUUCCCUGUUCUGUCAACCACUCAAAGUACAUCAGAAUCUUUUGGUGCGUCCGGAAAUAACCAGGCGUCUGGUACUGUAAUAAGUCAGCCACAAAGUAAAAGUCGAAAAAUUACAGCUGAGGAGUUUUUCUCUUCACUAAAAACAUUGAAGAGGCAACCUUUCACUUUUGCAGACACUCCUAGGCUUCGGACCAGACGUAGUAUGAAAAGACAACCUGCACAACAUGGUCGUAAUGGAAUACCAGGAAGACCUCGUCCUAUCUCUGACCAUGAUACGCAGCAGCCUCUUACUAGAACGCCUAGUGUGAAUGGAUUGAAAAUACCAACAUUUCAGAAACCAUGUGGCGGAAAUCCGAUACAGAACUCUUUUAUAAUGGAUUGCAAAAAAGGAACAGAUUUAUGGGUAUUUGUUCCAAUCAAAGUUGUCAAUCUACGACAUGGUGAUAUAAUUUAUUCGUCCCAUCCAGUAAGUUUGGAAGGACAUAAACUGAACGAUACUGAUGUGUAUUCUGUUGGACAGCAAUUAUCAUUUGCAUCUAACUUACAAUCCAAAGCACGUUCCAAACAUAAGCCAUGCAGCUACGAUAAAUCUGGUUUGUUUAAAGUUAAGAUAUCCUCUUACGGCUUAAAUUACUAUGGUAUUAACGAAGAUACAGUCUUUUUGGACAACAGACGAACAGUUUCAACUGAAAUUUCAUAUCUCGGAAUCAGAAAUCCUGAACAAAGAGCGACGAGAGUUUUCGUCACUGCUGUUGAUGAAUGUGGAAUUGCUUGUCAGCCAAUGAUAAUAAGACGGAGUAAUCGAAAGCGUCAUACCAUUCGAUAUAGGAAAAAUUGUGGAGCUAUUGAAAUAACAGCAAAGGACCAUCAGUAUCAUAGUAAUACAUAUAGAGGAGCUGAGUCAUUGAUUUGGAAAGCAGACACAUUUUCUGUUCCACAACCAGAUGAAAAUCAGAUUCCGAUUGUCUUUGUUUGUGAUUAUAGAAGUAAAAAUCCAUGGUCUUGA